AUGGUUAGAAGAAACAGAGGGAUACCAAAAAGAGGCAGCUCCAACAGACCAAAGAAUUAUGACCUUUGUCAUAAAUGUGGAAAGUCACGGCAUUUCAUCAAAGAUUGCCCUCUCCUGAAGCAAGAACACUUCAAGUACAACCCUGAUAAAGUAUCAAAGAGGAACCCGGUUCUUGACAAACACUUCAAAAGAAAGAGAUCUGCUGACAAUGUUGUGAAGCAAGCUCUUACAGCAUGGGGAGAUUCCUCUAGUGAGUCUGAAAAUGAAACCGAUGUAGGUGAUAGCUUUAUGAUGGCAGUUGAAAGUGAAGAAAAUGAAUAUGAUUCAAUAUUUUCUUUGAUGGCUCAAUCUGACAAUGAUGAGGUGGUUCUAACUAAAAAAAUUGCUAGUGUAGAACAUGAAAGAGAUAAUUUGAUGGUAGUAGUUGUUGACCUAAAAGAAACUAUUGAAAAUUUCAGUAACGAAAAGAAUUAUCUAGUGGAAAAAACCGAUACUUUAGAACAAGAAAGAGAUGACCUAUUAGUUGUAAUUAUAGAUUUGAAGGAAAAAAUAGAGGAACUCAAAGCAGAAUGUAUGCCUGGAAAGACUGAUAAAGGAAAAGGAGUUGCUAGUGAAGAACAUAUCAAACUAGAAAACGAAUUAAAUGCUAUAAAAAUUAGCUUAUGUGUUGAACUUGAGAAAACUAUACAACUCCAAGCAGAUUUGGAAAGAGUCAAAAAUGACCUUGAAAAGUCUCUUAAGUGGACCUGGUCCUUGAAAGAUAUUACUGCCAUGUAUGUUAAUAAUGGUGGAAACAGUGGUGAUCUGUGUUGCUUGAAAGCAGUUGAUGAUUAUGUUGAACUGCGGCACAGAAGAUUGGGGCAUGCAAGCUUUUCUCUACUGAAUAAGCUAGUUCAGAAGGACCCGGUUCGUGGUCUGCCCAAAUCAAAGUUCAUGGAGCACAAAGUUUGUGAUGCCUACGCCAGAGGGAAGCAUGUGAAAUCUUCAUUUAAGCCAAAAAAGGAUAAAAGCAACAAGGGUGAUCAAGAUGGAGAACCUUUGUUAGUUCCAGGUGAAGUCAUCGAUAUGGAAAAUGGAAAGGCAGACAUGAUGAGUCAAGUAAAUGAGCCAAGUGAAGACAAUGCAGUCUCUUCAGCUGGAGAGGAACCAGGUACCACAAUUACAACCACUGAAGCUAAAGAAAGAGUGGCUGAUGCAGUUCAAAGUGCUACACAAGUAGCUGAGAGAAGAAUGCAAGAAAACCAGUCAGACUUACCCAGCUCCUCUACAAAUGAGGUUCAAGUGCCCAACUGGAAACACAAAAGCUCCCAUCCUCUUGAUAACAUAAUUACCCCUCUGGAUUCAGGAGUACAAACCAGAUCAAAAGCCAUAAAUUCACUUACUUUCUCAGUAUUUCUUUCCCAAAUAGAACCCAAAAAUAUCAAGGAAGCCUUAAAGGAUGUAGAAUAG